AUGUACCGAUCAUGUCAAAUACCAAAACUACUCCAUAAUACUCACCGACUAUAUCCCUCUAUACAUAAGAUUCGCCCCUUUUCCAAGAUCCCUUCUGCACAAGCCUGUCAGAAACCAUCGAAUCAAGACAAUACUCCAACCCCGUCAUCCAACAUCUUCAUCUUGAAUCGCACAUUCUGGUCUUGCAGGUCAACAUGGAAAAGAGCCCGAAUCAACACACUCCGCUGUCUACUUGGUUGCACAAUUGGUGAUUUCUCUGCUAUGUGGACACUGCAAUCUUUGUACCCUGAGCUAGGGAUGAAUACCAUCAUGCUUGUCUCUAUGGCAUCCGGCAUCACUUCAUCCAUAAUCUUGGAAACAGUCCUACUCAAACGCGGCGCAGAUGCCUUAUCGUGGAGUAGAGCUGCGCGUACAGCUAUGGGUAUGAGUAUGGUUUCUAUGAUUGCGAUGGAGAUAGCUGAAAAUGCAGUGGAUUAUCAUCUUACGGGUGGCAUUGUGGCCUUUGAUGAUCCGAGGUUCUGGGUUGCGGCGGUGGUUUCUGUUGGUGCAGGAUUUCUGGCUCCGCUGCCUUAUAAUUAUGUGCGGUUAAGGAAAUAUGGGAAGGCUUGUCAUUGA